GGCUGCUCUUACGUUUUCUCCCCUGAGCAGCAGUGACCGUCGCGUCCAGACACCGACACCUUACGCACCGUCCUCUCACACAUCUCUACUUGUUGUCCUCCUGCGACAAACAUGACACCCCCGCUACUGGCUUAUAUCCUACUUCUUUCAGCCCUUCAUACCUGCUCUCUAACAAUCGAGUCCGAGGAGGACUACGAGGAUGUCACUGUGAACCAGAUGCUGGCUCCUAAAUCCCAGCAAACCGACGCCACGGAAAUACUCAAUAAUUUACUGAAAGAAUAUGACAAGAAACUGCGACCGGAUAUUGGAGUUAAACCAACUGUCAUUGACGUUGAUAUAUACGUGAACAGUAUUGGGCCAGUUUCUUCAAUAAAUAUGGAAUAUCAAAUUGACAUCAUCUUUGCUCAGACGUGGACCGAUAGUCGCCUCAGAUACAACAGCACAAUGAAAAUACUGACUCUGAACAGCAACAUGGUUGGACUUAUUUGGCUACCUGACACCAUCUUCAGAAACUCCAAGACUGCAGAUUCCCACUGGAUUACAAUGCCUAACCAGCUGCUCAGGAUAUGGAACGAUGGGAAGAUACUUUAUACCUUAAGGUUGACUAUAAACGCAGAGUGCCAGCUGCAGCUGCACAACUUUCCAAUGGAUGAACAUUCAUGUCCGCUCAUCUUCUCCAGCUACGGAUACCCACAAGAUGAAAUGAUUUACAAGUGGAGGAAGAACUCUGUGGAGGCGGCUGACCAAAAGUCCUGGCGUCUGUACCAGUUUGAUUUUAUGGGCCUGAGGAACACUACAGACGUCAUAAAGACUACAGCAGGCGACUACGUGGUGAUGACCGUGUACUUUGACCUGAGCAGAAGAAUGGGCUACUUCACCAUCCAGACAUACAUCCCCUGCAUCCUCACUGUGGUUUUGUCCUGGGUGUCCUUCUGGAUUAAAAAAGAUGCCACUCCAGCCAGAACAGCUUUAGUCCUGUGGAACAUUUUUUGUGAAGGUAUAACCACAGUUCUGACCAUGACCACUCUCAGUACCGUGGCCAGGACAUCACUGCCCAGAGUGUCUUAUGUCACCGCCAUGGACCUUUUUGUCACCGUCUGCUUCCUGUUUGUCUUUGCUGCUCUGAUGGAGUACGCUACGUUAAAUUACUACUCGUACAGCGUUCAAAGACCCAGCUACAUGGAACCGAAAAGACUGAACUACUCAGUCCUCGAUGUGAGACCACCUCCACACACAGUCAUCGCUUUAAACAACUCCAUGUACUGGCAGGAAUUUGAAGACGCUUGUGUCUACGAGUGUCUGGACGGAAAAGACUGCCAGAGCUUCUUCUGCUGUUUCGAGGAGUGUAAAGAAGGCGGUUGGAGGAGAGGCCGCGUCCACAUAGAUGUACAUGAACUGGACGCAUACUCCCGCGUUUUUUUUCCCACCUCCUUCUUACUCUUCAACAUCGUCUACUGGGUAGGCUAUCUCUACCUUUAGCACACUGAGGGUGCCUGCUUGGUUUCAGGAGAUGGACAGUGCAGCUUAACAGAGGUAAUUCAAUCUGAAUAAAAGGUAACACCAAAUAAACUCUUUCCUGUGGACCCUGAAGAAGUUACCUGAAGAUGAAAACACAGUCAGGAGGACUGUGUGUUUGUGGUGUGUGUGUGUCUGUGUCUGUGUCUGUGUGUGUGUGUGUGUGUGCAGCCCUGUGCCUGGCAGAGAUUUCAGCCUCAGUGGCUUCAGGUAUGAGAAUACAUCACAAUAGUGACUCUCUUCAUAUGCUGUACACAGAGGGAUGUCAGGAUGGACAGUGCACUAACAACAACUUGAAGACGAAGAAGAAAAUGUGUCCCAGACUCCUCAGUCAGGAGCAUGGCUUGUGUUAUAGGGAAUGCUUUUAUCCAGCCAUCAGUCAGAUCCAGAUGAUGAAAAUCCAAGGACGUUCAAACCACUCAUAGUGCCUUCCUCUGGAGGGGUAGAUACUAUCUGCUACAAUAAUCAGGGAAUAAUGAUUUAUUAAGAAAAAUAGAAGAGCCUGGCUUUGACUGAUUAUGGCUAUUCUCAUUCAGAACCCCAUUUAAAAAAUGGCCAUUUCUUGGAAAACACAAAGGAUUAUUAGAUUCUUAUCACGUCAUUAUGACUUUCAGCCACUAGACAUGGCUCAUCCCUCCUUCGUCACAACACUUUGAGUUCUCUGUAUGUUGUAAAGAUCAGGCUGGUAAAAGGACGAUUCAAAUGAACUUGACAGCCAAGAUAACAGCGUGUGCUUUAUUGGUAUAUUUUUAUUACACUUUAUGGUGUUAAACCAAUUCUUUCAAUGGUUCUUUAUACUGUUUGUGUUACUAUAGUAACAAGUCAAAC